GGGUGGGUGUAAACGUCGGUUACCCAACCAGAAUGCUCACCGCAUGCUCGGUUGUCAUCCCUUCCCCUCCUCCGGUGUGGACAUCCUACCCACCACAAAGGAGCCGAACAUUAUCAGGCUGGAGAAGUUUAUCCUGAAAUGAUGGAUCGAGAGCUUUAAGCACUCCAACCCAGAAGAGCUUGCAAAAAAAAAAAGAAAAGGCAAAAGCAAACAAAACAAAACAAAAACCCAACGGCCAACAGCUGCAGCCUAUUGUUCCUCGGCUCCUACCGAGCAUGGGAGCCAAACGGAUGGAGGACCGGGCGACCAGAUUCAAAGGACACGGAUUUCCACAUUAAGGAAGUCAGCAAACCCUGGGCAGCCCUUUUGCUUUGCAACGCGCGCGUCAGGACUUCUUCCUUCCGUAGAAGCUGAGCUCCCUGUCUGGCUAUGCUUAUUUGGCAUCGGUGAUGUCCUUAUUCCCAGGGAUGAACCCAGCCACAGAUUCUUGAUUUAAAAGGGAAGAUAAAGCCAACAACAACAACAACAACAACAACAACAAAUAAAAUAAAAAUGCAAGCUUGAAGCUGGAAGAACAAAACCCCCAGGGAAAAAGAAGCGUAAGGAAGACACGAAGGAUAUUUGCAAUUUAACAGGAUAGUCGGCUGCACAACAUUUUGCAGAACAAAAACAAAAAACCCCAAAUAGCUUUGGAAAACCAAGCCUGUUUUUUUCGAUAAUAUAAGGAAAAUCUCCCCUCGCGAAAUAAGGACAAUGGAGGCAGCGGUUUGCUUGCUGCUAGUGGCCGCUGUGGGACUCAAAGCUCAGGGGCCCGAAGGUGUCGGAAGCCGCGUCGCGGGAGAGACACAAAGAUUCAUUUACGGAAACCGACACAGGCGCUCCAGCGAGGCGCAGGAGAAGUGCACCUACACGUUCAUCGUCCCGCAGCAAAAAGUCACGGGGGCCAUUUGUGUGAACUCCAAGGAGCCCGACGGCCCCCUCCUGGAGAACAGGGUCCACAAGCAGGAGCUGGAGCUCCUCAACCACGAGCUCCUGAAGCAGAAGCGGCAGAUCGAAACCCUCCAGCAGCUGGUGGAGGUGGAUGGCGGCAUUGUGAACGAGGUCAAGCUGCUGCGGAAAGAGAGCCGCAACAUGAACUCCCGCGUCACCCAGCUCUACAUGCAGCUGCUGCACGAGAUCAUCCGGAAGAGGGACAACGCGCUGGAGCUCUCCCAGCUGGAGAACAAGAUCCUGAACCAGACGGCCGACAUGCUGCAGCUGGCCAGCAGGUACAAGGACCUGGAGCACAAGUACCAGCACCUGGUCGCCAUCGCCAACAACCAGUCCACGGUGAUCGCCCAGCUGGAAGAGCACUGCCAGAGGAUGCCGGCCCUGCAACCGCCGCAGCCCCCCAACCGCGUCUACCAGCCGCCCACCUACAACCGCAUCACCAACCAGAUCUCCACCAACGAAAUUCAGAGCGACCAGAACUUAAAGGCUCUGCCGCCCAGCCUCCCGACCAUGCCGCCCGUCACCAGCGUCCCGACAUCGACCGACAAGCCCUCAGGUCCUUGGCGAGACUGUUUACAAGCUUUAGAAGACGGCCAUGGGACCAGCUCCAUAUAUCUGGUCAAACCUGAGAAUACCAACCGAUUGAUGCAAGUCUGGUGCGAUCAGCGGCAAGAUCCCGGUGGCUGGACUGUGAUUCAAAGGCGUUUGGAUGGCUCGGUUAAUUUCUUUAGGAACUGGGAAACCUAUAAGCAAGGGUUUGGUAACAUCGACGGAGAGUACUGGCUGGGGCUGGAAAACAUUUACUGGCUGACAAACCAAGGCAACUACAAGUUGUUGAUAACCAUGGAGGACUGGACAGGACGCAAAGUUUUCGCAGAAUAUGCCAGCUUCCGUCUGGAGCCGGAAAGUGAAUUCUACAAGUUGCGAGUAGGACGAUACAACGGCAAUGCGGGAGAUUCCUUUACGUGGCACAACGGCAAACAAUUCACCACGCUGGAUAGAGACCAUGAUGUAUACACAGGCAACUGCGCCCACUAUCAGAAAGGGGGCUGGUGGUAUAACGCGUGCGCCCACUCCAACCUCAACGGCGUCUGGUACCGAGGGGGCCAUUACCGGAGCCGCUACCAAGAUGGAGUCUACUGGGCAGAGUUCCGGGGAGGGUCGUAUUCCCUGAAAAAAGUGACAAUGAUGAUUAGACCAAACCCGAACACGUUCCACUAAAGGGAGUCCCCUCCCGACGGGCCGAGAGUGAUGUCUUUCCCAUGCAACCCAUCCUCUCGGCAACAAAGAAUGUAAGAUAAUCUUGUACACACUGACUGCUGGACAAGGAGACCUGGAUAUUGGACCGUUCCAGAAUCGAUCUAGAACCAAAACAAGCGGCUUUUCUCUCUCUUUUUUGGCCUGGAAAACAAGGAGCCAAGCGGUCGCUUUCAAGAUGGCACGGACCGUCGAUCAACGCAGAUCCUAGGAAAGCUGCCCCACCAUCUAAAACGCUUCCUAUAUUAGAUAUACUCUCGAAUGCUGCACAUAUUCGAAACGGUAGAGUAAAUAAUAGAUCCGUUUGACACAGGAAAUUAUAUCCUUUGAAGCUAUGUAGCCAGUAUCUUAGGCUGUUAAAGUUUAGUCCUUAAUUUAAUCCGUUCCAGGGAUUUUAGUGCCUGUCCACCAACUGUGUCUUGCACAAACGGAAUUCCAAGUUUGGAAUUCUUCCCAUUCUACUUGGAUGCCAGGCGGCGUUAUGACUCCACCAAGAACUAUUUCGAGCGGUUUAUGCAAACAAUUCUAAUAUUUCUCUUCGCUCAUCCUCCUGAAGGCAUUGGCCAUUCUCCAAACGUUGACCAAAACUCAUACUGUACUCUUUUUUCCCCCCAAUUAUCUCAGCAGUAUCAAUGUGGGGUUUUUUUUUGAGACUUUUGGGAAUAAUUUAGGUCCUGCUUUAUCAUCUGCAGAAAUGUUUUGAUAAUAUAAAUGACUAUUUCAGCUUCUGAGCGAAGUUGCCCUUGGAAAGUUUCCUCUCUCUAAUAAAAAGAACAGUCGUGCAACUUACAGAGUUAUAAAUGGAAUAAAAACUUGGAGGGAGGGCGAAGUUAGAUCCUCGUAUCAUUAAAAACCAAAGGAAAGGGUUCAAGUUUACGGCUUCCUUAAAUUGAAGGCAAAUAAUAGCUAUUGGAACAGAACCCCGUUUAAUUUGCCAUUAGACUGUAACUCUUUGGAAAGUUAUGCGAUACACAGAAUCAUUUGGCGUACUUUACUAUGAUGGCCAAA